AAGCACCGGAGAAAAGUUUCCAACUUCUCCUCAAACAGACAACAAUGAAAGUUGUAUUCUCCUCCUGAAGUUCCUCCACCAGCUGUAACUUAUCUCUUCUGUCCUUCCUCACCGUCGAAUCAGCAUAAAUAAAUGUCAGGAAUGGCAAACGUCAGGAGCUUUGCAGACAUAAGAAAUGAAAUCCUUUCAGCUCACAAAAACACUGGACCCCAGGAUAAAGUCAGCUUCUACAACACCUGGGCUGAGAACUAUGAACAGGAUGUGGCUCUAUUGGACUACCGUGCUCCUCUUUUAGCUGCAGAAUGCAUCACUUCACACUUUAAGGGUGAUAAAGAAAGAGCCAUUAUUCUAGAUGUGGCAUGUGGGACAGGAUUAGUCUCUGCACAUCUGAAAAGGAUGGGGUUCUGUCAGUUUAUUGGAGUGGAUGGAAGCGAGGGAAUGCUGGAUCUGGCCAGAAAAACAGGACUAUAUUUGGAGCUAAUGCAGUGCAUGCUGGGACAGGAUCCGUUUCCAGUUCAGAAUGAGACAUAUGACAUUGUUGUAAUUGUUGGUGCUCUAAGUGUUGGUCAGGUGCCGGUGGCAGUCCUUAGAGAGCUCUGGCAAGUUACAAAGCCAGGGGGUUAUGUGUGCAUGACUACACGAGGUAAUGCAGAUAACCAAGAGUACAAGACAGAGCUGGAACACAUGAUGCGAACUAUGAAAGAAGAAAAGAGGUGGAGUUGUGUAACAGUCACCGAGGUGAAGGAGUGGGAGAGGGCUGUAUCUGAGAAUGAGAGUGGCUAUAUUCCUGGAGCUGUCUAUCUAUAUCAGCGGAAUUAAGGACACUCCAGUCUCAGAAAUGCUCUAAAGCAAAACUGAUUUAAAACACUCAUACCUAAAGGGACCUUUAAGUAACAGGUGUGAUAUAGGAAUAUUUGCACGAAUAUUAUGCAUUUUAUUGUUGAUAUACUGGAACAGGUUCAAGGCUAUUAUGGUGUCCUUUCUUCAAGUUCUGAUUGAAGCUUCAUCAUUGGCAUUUCAACAUUUAUUCACAGUGGAAUCAAUGUCACAUUAAGUUUAAAUCAACAUUGAAAUAUGUUUUGAUUUGAAAAUAUUAAUCAACGUUAAUAUUGUGAUGUUUUUUUCAACAUCUAACUUAUCAGGGUGUAAUAAACAAAAAAAUCCAUUCUCUUUUCUUUCUACAUUGUACUCUUUUAAAACAUAUGGUUUAAUUAAGACAAUGCUAAGGUAACACAACUUAAACACACCUAAAGUUUGUUCACAAACUCUCUACUUUUUUAUGUUUUCUGUUUUUUUUAACACAGAAAUUUAAAUAUUUAAAGUGCUCUAUGAUUAAAAUGGAAUAAAAUCAUGAUGAUUUUUGUAAAACAAAAACAUUAUGUCGAUAGUAAGUUCAAUAUUUGACGUUUAUUUAUAAGUGUUUUGUUAACUUUUUUACAACAAUUUAAUGUUAAACAACAUUUCCAAAACAUAUUUUAACAUUGAAACUACGACUGACAUUAUUUCAACCACAUUUCAACGUUGGUCAUGGUCAGUAAUGUGCCGGCUGGGUUUAAGUACAGCUUUCAGAACUUGCAGAGAUUGGACACAAACAUUGAUUAAAAACAAAUACUAGUAGAAAAA